AUGCGACUCAAGUGCACCCCUAGAAAAUUUGCUCAGACUCUGCAGAUAUCCAAAACACAAACUCUAAAACUGACAUGGGAAGUAGUGCCUCCAAGGCUGGAAACUCCCAGACUCCAGCCCCCAUUAAUACUCCUGGUCCUCUUCCUCGGCGCUGCCUACGGAGCUGGCAGCGAUCUUCUACUCGGCACCACGGCUGCCCUCAGAUCCCUCGUAAAACCCAAGAUUGUCAAAAAGAGGACCAAGAAGUUCAUCCGGCGCCAGUCAAACCAAUAUGUCAAAAUUAAGCAGAACUGGCGGAAACCUAGAAGUAUUGACAGUAGAGAGCGCAGAUGGUUCAAGGGCCAGAUCUUGAUGCCCAACAUUGGUUAUGGGAGCAACAAGAAAACAAAACACAUGCUGCCCAGUGGUUUUCGUAAGUUUCUGGUCCACAACGUCAAGGAGCUUGAAGUGCUGCUGAUAUGCAACAAAUCUUACUGUGCUGAGAUUGCUCUCAAUGUCUCCUCAAAGAACCACAAAUCCAUUGUGGAAAGAGCAGCCCAGCUGGCCAUCAGAGUCACCAAUCCCAAUGCCAGGCUGCACAGCGAAGAAAAUGAAUAG